AUGUGGCCUUUUAAGACACAGCAGGUGCUGCCUCUUGGGGGUGAGGGGAAAAAGAGGGAGCAGGGUGCGAACAGCUAUGGACAACUUGGUCUUGGUCAUAAAGAGGAUGUGCUGGUACCUCAGUCAGUGAAAGAUGUUUCCUGCAAAUAUCAAGGCUUUAAAAGCAUUACUGGUGGAGGAGGACACUCUGUGGCUAUCACUGAUGCGGGAGAGCUCUUUGUAUGUGGCCAUAACAAGGAAGGACAGUUGGGAUUGAAUCACUCGGAGGAUGUACUGCAUUUCACUUUGUGCACUGCCCUGUCUGGCUUUUAUGUGACACAAGUUGCCUGUGGUUGGAACUUUACAAUCAUACUAGUAGGAACUGGCCUGGUUCUCUCCUGUGGGUCUAACUCUUUUGGACAAUUAGGAGUUCCUCACAUCUCCGGUCCAUGCUUGAUUCCACAAAAGAUUGAGUCCCUGAAAGAGAAGGUGGUGGAUGUUGCUGCAGGACUGAGACAUGCUCUUGCUGCUACAGAGAGUGGUUCAGUGUUUCAGUGGGGAACUGGCAUGGCAUCUCGGGCAAAGCGUACAAGCCAAGGAAAAGCUCUCCCCCUGUUCUUGACAGCAAAGGAACCCUGUGGAGUAACAGGCCUGGAAGGUGUAAAGGUGAAGAGAGUUGCUGCAAGCUCCUAUCAUUCUGUGUCACUCACAGAUGAAGGAUGCCUGUAUGCCUGGGGUAGCAACAAACAUGGGCAGCUGGUGAGCAAAGAGAUCUUUCUUGUUGAGCCCAAGAAGAUAGAGACUCAUUUUUUCUCACAUGAAAAAAUUGGAGCAGUUUGGAGUGGAUGGACACACUUGGUGGCACAAACAGAAACUGGCAAGGUAUUCACCUGGGGUAGAGCAGACUAUGGGCAACUUGGAAGGCAUGCAGGGGUUCCCGAUGGACAGGAGGCGUGCAGAGCAUCUGAACAUCACUUGGAGUGCUUAUGUAACAUCCCUAUUUCAGUGCCUUGCCUCGACGGAGCGUCUCAGAUUGCAUGUGGCUCAGAGCAUAAUCUGGCAGUAGUUGGUGGCUGCUGCUUCUCUUGGGGAUGGAACGAACAUGGGAUGUGUGGUGACGGCACAGAAGCGAAUGUCCAUGUCCCAAAGCCGGUCAAAGCUCUUGGUUACGCAGAGCAGAUGAUAGUCGGGUGCGGGGCAGGGCACUCCAUGGCUUUCUGUCAAACUCCACGUUAGACUCGCCGCUCCAGGAACCAGUGCGUCACGAAUGGGGACGUCUUUGCAAAGGGUGGCUCAGGAGGGCUGCGAGAGGAUUACCUAUAAUUGACACAACAGUCUGAAGAUGCAGAAGAAGUUUGUUGCAAAACUAAAAGGAGCGAUGCUCAGAUAGCUAUUACAUAAAGACAAACUGAAAAUAUGUAUAUAUAAUAUAUAUAUUUUUAAAAUUAUUUAAUGGGUUCUUUUCACAGGAAUUGUACCCACUGGUAGAAUGGCAAGCGUUUUGUUUUGAUGCAGUACCAGUGAAGAAGGAAUGACUUUUCCUUGCUCUUCUGAGACAUUUUUGGAGGAGGAAACUAACUGCCUAAUCACUGAUCAUUAGAGUCUAAUUUCUGUCUGAGGAACUAGUGUGAGGAGGCGAACAGGCAGGGCCACUUCUGCUCUUUUAUUUUUGUAUCUUUAUGUCAUGAUGAGCAUGGGUAGCACCUGCCAGCUUCUACCGGAAGCUACUACCAGAGUAGUGAGCUCCCAGCAUCUCUGAAAAUCCUGUUUGCCUCACAGAGAAGUGUCAGUGAACUUAAAUGUAUGCAUACACACAUUUUAAACAGAUCAGAACUUAAAAGAAUGAAGAAGGUAUAAUUUAGAAGGCUGGUGAAAGGAGAAAGCGAGGCCCUACUGAAACCAACUAUAUCUUGAUUAAACUGAAAGGAGCAGCAUUUAUAAAUAAUUAUUUUCUGUACCAGGCAUUAGUUUAUUACAGAUUUCCAGGGAUGCAGAUCCACCAGAACUAUCAGACCUAAAGUUUCUGAAGCUUCUGCUUCAGGAAGAAAAAUCUUUCACAGAUUUUUGGAAACGAUAGAAGACCUCUUGUCAAAGAGCGUUAAGUCAGCUGUAGCUGUUGAGGACAGUUGGAUCCAACAUAGCUCCUGUGUUUCUAGCCGCCUCUGAAAAGGAAGAGCUCCCAGUCUAAAAGGAAAGUUUCUACCAGUUCUCCAGCCUACCAACCUAAAAUGCAGCUCAGAGUGGUCCUGAUAAUUUCAGGUUAGUUCUUGCAUCUGUGUCUCAGCCCAGCUGAGUUGCUGUUCAGAGCAUGCCCGCAAUACUUGCUCCAGGUGAGUGCUUGGCAGAGAGGAUAUAGGCCUAAUGUGUUUUGGUGGGAGAAGAGUAAAUUACCUUCAGAUAUUACUAGCUGCUUAUGCUAAGCAGAAUUUUGGAAGCUAGUUAGAGAACUCUUUUUCAAACAAAUACAGUGGAUGCCAUUAAGCUGGAUGUUUACCACCCACGAUAGUUAAAUUUGCUGUGGUAUUUGAUGUAUUUAAAGCUCUAAAUAUAGAGAAUACUACUGUGUGCUAAAUGCACCUUUUAACGAGACCCACUGUUGCUAAACAGCGAUUUAAUUUUUAAAGCAAGCUUGCUAGGGAAGUAGUCUUUCAAAAUGCUAGGAGUAGAACUCUUAGAAAAUAGGAUGGGAAAACUUUCUAAUGAUGUAUCAGUUCAGUCAUGAGGAGCAGGAAUUAUGGUAGUGAGGAUUUCUUUUUUCCCUUUAGUUUUACAGUAGUCAGAGUUCAUGGCCUUAUUUUCAGAUGCAUUUUCUUUUCUGUUGAAUGGAGAAGAAACUCAAGCUGACUAUGAAGCUGAUUAUAACUGCAUUAGAGGCAUUGAAAGACAUGUGAAAAUAACAAAAUGGGUCCUCUGCAAAAAGUGCAGAGUUAAGCCUUCUAUUGUGUGUAUGUGCUUUUUCUCAUAUGCACCUUUUUCUUUUUUUCAUCUAUAUGCACCAAACAGUUUUGCAUACUUUUCUGGCUGUUCUCUUUGUGGAGGUGUUUACCUUCCUUUCCCUCCAAAAUCCAUGUACUGAAUAAAUAUGUUAUCCUGUUUCAGUAAUCCUGUCCUCUAAAUAAUUUUGUGCCUUGUUUUGACAGCUAGUACGUUUCCCCUUGAACCUAAGAGCUACUGUAUUGAGCAUGUUUUGAUUUGUGUAUGCUAUUGCUGCUGUUCAGUUCAGAGGAGCCCAACAAAUUAUGUAACAAACAAAUGCAACUUGGUUGUAUGAAAUGUUGUUCACUUUUUCAGAUCAAUAAAAUGAAAAUGCUUUUGGAAAUGCAAAGAAUUAUUUGGGGUGAUGAGAAAGUAAAGGAGUCCUUGAAUUUUAUGUCCUGAUCCUUUCCUGGUCCUGCUCUUGGAUUUCAUAUCUGCAACCAUUCUUCAUCUUUGAAAGGGGGAAAACUGCACUCUCUCUCCCUUUUUUGUCUACAUAGCCUGUAUAGCCUGAAAACUUAGGGGAGUAAUGACUGUUGUCUUGAGAGCUUUGCAGGUGGUCAGGACCUCUAAUUGCUGCUGUAGCACCAAGAGUGAAUAAUAAUUCAUUGUGGAUAGUAUAGGGUUGAAUGUCAAAAACAAGUUGUUGCUCAUUCACUCAGAAGUGAAUACCCUGUUUUGUAUGUCAAUAUGCUUUGUUUGCAGAAUAAAACCUUGUACAAAAUCAGCUAAGGCUUUCUACUGAGACUUCACCUGUAUGGAAGGGAGAAGACAAGUGUAGAGCUGCCAGGCAAGUGAGUAGACCCCCUUCCCUGCUGAUCUCCAGAGAGCUUAGUGCCUGUUUCUUGUUGGCGUCCUGAUGGAAAAGGUCAGUCUCUCCAAGGCAAAAUGCAGAGCCAGUGUGCUAUGCUAAUGCCUCCGCAACAGCAGCGCAUGCAAAGACAGACCUAUUUAUGCAGGUCUUCAGUACUAAACAAAGAAAGCCUUUUAUGUAAGCAUCCCGCAUCCACAUUCAGAUGCAAAUAAACUGACAGGUUUGGGAUAUAUAUUGACACUGGAACAAGGUAAG